GACUUUGCACGUCAUCAAAAGGCGCCUCUCCGUGUGCUACUGCGUGCGACUCUAGUGUACAGACCACUGUCAGAUGAUAUUUUGCGACUCAAAAAGGACUUUAAAAUGCCUAUGAAAGGAAGAUUUCCCAUCAGGAGGACUCUGGAGUACCUCCAGAAGGGCGACAUCAUCUUUAAAAACAGAGUGAAGAUCAUGACGGUCAAUUACAACACACAUGGAGAGCUCAGCGAAGGAGCAAGAAAGUUUGUGUUCUUCAAUAUUCCUCAGAUUCAGUACAAAAACCAGUGGCUCCAAAUAAUGAUGUUCAAAAAUAUGACGCCAUCACCAUUCUUGAAGUUCUACCUGGACGACGGGGAGCAAGUUGUGGUGGAUGUGGAAGGGAAGGACCACAAGCAAAUUUCACAACAUGUGAAGAAGAUUUUAGGCAAAUCAGAAGAAGUGUUACAAGCUGAGGCCCUAGCCAGGAUGCAGGCCUCUAACCCCGCCAACUUUGGGCCCAAAAAGUACUGUCUGAAGGAGUGUAUCUGUGAGGUGGAGGGCCAGGUGCCGUGUCCUGGCACCAAGCCGCUCCCCAAGGAGAUGACGGGCAAAUAUCGUGCCCAGAUGGCAGCGUCACAGGAGUGAGAGCCCGAGAGGGAGAGCGGAUUAUUGUAUAAUCACUGGACAAUAUGGUGUUAUGUUGUUAUGUUUAAUUUUUUACGGUUACAUAAAAGGACUGCUGCAUUGCAUAUUUUGUUGUGAAUAUGUGCAACUGAACUGGUCCCACCGUGCUGCGUGCAUUGUGAGAUCGUCACCUGCUGGACCGAGACUUUCCAGUCCAACGAAAGCAGCAGGAACCAACCAACACGUAACAUUAUUUGGACCAGGUGUGGAAAUUAUUUUGUUUUGUUCAGCUGCCACUGUGGCUGCUUGAUUCCAAAAUCUAACAGCCACUGAAUAGAUAAAGAUUGUUGGGGGGUUUUUUUUGGCUGGUGAGUGAAGAGAAUCUAGCAGCCACUUGCAUGUUUUACCAGUAUUUGGCAGGUGGCUGCAAAUUUCCAACCCUGGUUUGGACAGUCAAUUCUCUGAGUGCUCCUAACUUAGCUUCAAAAAAUUGAGCGAGGAGUCUUAGCUUAGGAGUGAUUUAGGAAAAUUCUCAGAGCAACUCUGAGUGAGGAAGGGACAGAAACUUUUACCUUACUGAGGAGGUGUGGUUGACCUUACUGUUAGGUAUGAUGCAUCCCUUUAACAGAUGUGAUUGGUUGGCCUUUUAAGAGCUAAAAUUAGUAGUAUUGUGAUGUUUUCUUAGAAAUUUCCCUUAAAGUUAAGACUAAGUCCUUGUAAAGAUAAGUCAUACACAAAGCAUCUUAGACCUUAAAAGACCUCCUAAGGCGAGAAACUGUACGGAGCAGGAAGGAGGACUUUUAAGAGGCUUAAGAGUUUCUUCAUCAGAGGAGAAAAUGGUGGAAACACAAAGU